AUGGCCUCUGCUGGGCUGGGAGUGCCCUACAAGUGGGACCAUCUGGAGAAUGUGGGUGAUGUAUACACACCUCGAACUGGCCAUGCAGUGGUGAACGAGGACGGCGUGUUUUACCUGUUCGGUGGUACAGACGGAGCCGCACGGCAAAGCGACGUCCAUGCGUACAACGUGGAGACCAACCUUUGGCAGGAGAUCCGGGCUGGGGGCCGUCCACCGCCCGCCCGCAGUGGUGCCCAGGCUGUGGUCUGGUCCGGGGCCGUGUGGUUCUUCGGUGGCUACACCAAGAAGGACAUAGCGUCAUAUAAGCAGAUGUCCAGCGCUGGUGUUGCCUCUGUCUUUAACAUGCUGACUGUCGUGACCUCUUCCGUGGCUGCAGAUGGCCGGAUGGGAGCCUUGUAG